AUGGAUAGAUACCAAAGGAAAAUAGGAUGUAUCAUACAGAUCCCCAACUUGGGGAGGGGACAGCUGAAGUACGUGGGCCCAGUGGACACGAAAGCUGGAAUGUUUGCCGGUGUGGAUCUGUUGGCCAACAUUGGUAAGAAUGACGGGUCUUUCAUGGGGAGGAAGUACUUUGACACAGAAUAUCCUCAAAGUGGACUGUUUAUUCAACUGCAAAAAGUGGCAUCUCUGAUCGAAAAGGCAUCGAUAUCGCAAACUUCAAGAAGAACCACGAUGGAACCGUUAUCGAUACCUAAGAACAGAUCCAUCACAAGGCUUACGAACCAGUUUUCGCCCAUGGACGAUCCCAAAUCCCCCACACCGAUGAGGAGUUUCCGGAUCACUAGUCGAAACAGUGGCAACCACCAACAGACGACGGAUCAAGAGGCGCCGGAUCAUCGCCAACAGGAACCCAUUCACGAUAACGGAGAUGACAGGAUGGAGAUCGACUCUAUCGUAUCGUCCGAGAGAAAGACCCCCCAUAACAACGGCAACGACUGGAAAGCAAGCAACAGCCAUGUGAACGAUCAUAAUAGCAACGAGGUUACCAUAGAAUUACGAGAGGCUCAAUUGACCAUCGAAAAGUUACAGAGGAAACAACUGCACUACAAAAGACUACUAGACGACCAAAGAAUGGUCCUUGAAGAAGUACAGCCAACAUUUGAUAGAUAUGAAGCCACGAUACAAGAUAGAGAAAGAGAGAUCGACGAACUCAAACAGCAAUUGGAGCUCGAACACAGACAACAAGCCAAACAAAAGCAGUUUUUCGACGCUGAGAAUGAGCAACUGCUUGCUGUCGUAAGCCAACUGCACGAAGAGAUCAAAGAAAAUGAGGAAAGAAACAUUGCCCACAACCAACCCACCGACAGCAGCGAAGAUAUCGAACUCCUGAAGAGGCAAGUGGAGCAGCUACGUAGUAUAGAAGACCAAUUCGAGUUGCACAAGACGAAAUGGGCCAAGGAACGCGAGCAAUUGAAAAUGCAUAACGACUCAUUAAGCAAAGAAUACCAAAACUUGAGUAAGGAAUUAUUCUCGACCAAACCACAGGACUCCUCCUCAUCGGAAGAGGUGGCAGCCUUAACGAAAAGUCUUGAAGAGGCCAACGAAAGGAUCAAACAGUUGGAACAGGCUCAAGACCAUCCAACCGUGGAAUCCUUACCCAUUUUCGAUCCCCCUGCACCGGUGGAUUCCACGGCUGGAAGACAACAGUGGUGUGAGCAUUGUGAUACAAUGGGCCAUAUGACAGCCGAGUGCCCCCACCAUGACCCUGACAACCAACAGUUCUUUUAA